AUGAGGCUGUUCUUGCGAUUUUUGACGCUCGUGGUUCGACUCUCGACUGCAAGGUCGCAAAGCUACCCGCACUGCGGGGAAGCAGAGGAUGACAUCCUUGAGGAGCACGCAUUGAAUACGCAGCUGCUACAGGUGUCACAUGCUUUGCAUCGUGGGCCGAUCUCUGGUGACUUUUGGGACCUGAAAGCUAUUUUGACUGACAGCCCACCAGGCACAUUUCUGUCCAGAAUGGGUGUGCUUGUGCAGGCCGUCAGUUUGACAUACAACACAUCGCGUCCACUGGACAACACUACCAGCACCAGCAGUCAUGGUGAAGGAUUCUCCGUUGAUGGGGUGAAGUGGGAGAGGCUCCGUGAGUUUGACAGAGAUCCCACCCCUGGUGGCGUCUUCGCAAGAGUGUUUGUAGACCGAGGGAGCAAGGCAGGGCUUGUCGUCUUCAAGGGGAUCUGCACAAACCCGCAUCUCGAGCAAUGCCAAAUCGAUCAGUGCUACCUCAUCAGGAUUCAAAACUACGGCCUUCUGUCUCCGAUAGUUGCAAGGCUAGGCGGCUUCAGCCCUGAAGCUUGUGCCCAGCACCAGCAACAUUUGGACUAUGCCGCACAGGCAAACCAAUUUAUACGUCAGGUGCAGACUGCACUACCUGACUACCAGCUGCUCUUGACGGGACAUUCGCUGGGUGGGAUGCUCGCCAUCGUUACAGCUGCGCAGCAGCCUCACCUGCUGAAGGCUUUGACGUUUGCUCCUACCCCUUUCAACGUGGUCAUGAAGCAAGAGCUCAACUUUUCUCAGGAACAGAUCAGGGCCCUUCCGGUCAAUGAGCUUGUGGCAACCUGCGAUCCAUAUGACUGUGGCAUCAAUGCCCUUUACGCUCAGCAAGCACGUGCAGGCUCAGAGACCUGUUUGUAUUUGCACACAGAAGAACCCGCCCCUUGCCAAGGGUUGGUCCUCCCAUACGGCUCUACGUCAUGGCGGGAGCAAGUCAGCAACAGCCCGAACUCCACGAAUAUCACGGCUGCCAUCCCAGAGCUUCUGUGUAAGGGAUCCGCUCAUCGUUGGCGACGAUACGUGGACGUCGUCCUGCGCAAAAAUUCUCAGGGACGGCCUGCUAACCUUCCCGUCUGCAGCACGGACUUCAGUAUCCUCGAAACAGCUUUGCAAGCAGCGCGCUAG